AUGUACGAUCUAUCAAUUUGUUUUUUCAUAUGGUGGAAGAAUGAAUUAGUGGAAUUAGAUGACUGGAAAUUAUCUGGUAAAAUCAUCUGGAGGAGCAGAAAAUAUGUUGCAUGGGAUAUCCAAUUUAGAUUUAGGGCUCGGGGUAUUAUGUUGCUUGGUGUAAACCAGAAGAUCCUGACUUUGUUGUUGGACUCAACUAUAGUAAAAUCAUCUCAACCUCCUUCCCACGUUCUUACACCUCAGUUGUCUAUUCAUGUUGGAACUCAACUCAUUCUGCAACCGAAAAAGGUUGCAAAAGGUAGGGAAGACGCUUUCUUUGCGAGCACUUACAAUGGUGGAGUUAUUGUUGUUACAGAUGGUGUUUCUGGGGGUAUUUUUGUUGAGUUCAAAUCCAUUGCCGGACAAUGGUCAAGAUCGGAUCUCUUCCUCUCUCUCUCUCAACCUGCUGCCGCUGCCGCUGCCGCCCGUUGCUUAGCCACGUCGUCGCUGCUCACAACAUUCCGAUUUCAAGAGCCAGAGCCGAUUGAUUGGGAGUACUAUAGGAAAGGUCUUUCUUUACCAACAAACAAACCUAUUGAUUGGAAAGAUGUCACAAUUCUUAUUAAGAGACACAUUGAAACGAAAGCAACAUACAAGUCAUUGUCGUCAUCAUCAUCUCGUACCACAUUAUCAUCUGUUGGUAUUGUAUCUGCCCCAACAUUUGUUUCACAUGUUGGUACUAUGGGUGCCACAUCAUCAACACAUUCAUCAUCCUUACCUACAUCAUCCAACCAGUCAUUUUUACCUACAUCAUCUACCCAAUCAUUUGUACCUACAUCUAUGCAAUCAUCUACACCUGCAUCUACUACAUCAUCUGUACCUACAUCCACAACAAAUUGUAGUGAAUCGGUUGAGGAAAUUGUUGGCGUUCAACAUCAAGAGUAUUUACUUGGAUCUACAGGACUGGAUGGGCGUCUAUAUAUUGGAGUGCGAGAUAAGGAGUUAUUUCCUUCGGGCCCAUGUUCUUCCGUUAUCUAUGAAUCCUUUGGUAAAAGAGUUGAUUUAAAUGGGUAUAGUUGGGCAACUUUAAGCGACGAGACAAAACUUCUUUAUUGGGACGAGUUUCAUAAAAAGUGCUAUUGGGAUGAUGCAAAAACUCCGUUAGUCCAAGCUUGUUGGGAAAAUAAGGCAAAGGAAAGAUAUAGACAAUAUAUCUACAAUAUAAGCUCAAAUGGAAAAAACCGACUCUUAAAAAAACCUGUUAAUGUAACAUCAUAA